CUGCAACUCUGCAUUCAGUAUAUGUUUUGUCAUUUGUUACGUAGGGAAAAGGGUCAUUUUUGCGAGGAAAAAUAUAAAGCGAAAAUCGACGUGUUCUUAAUUGAAAUUAAGAAAAUUUACGAAAGAACAAAUAAUAAAAAGAAAAACAGACAAUGACUGACGAAGUGCAACAAAAUUUUGUGCGCUGUUUUAUUUCAUAUUUAAAAAAGCAAGUAGAUUCACAAGCUUUUAGUGCUGACGCCCAAGAGAGCGCAGAAGUGGCAAUACAAUGUUUAGCAGCCGCUUUCGAUAUAGGUGAUGAGCGCGACGAGCCACAAGAACAAGCCGAAAGCGCUGCUGGCGAUGCUAGCGGCAGUAGCAACACAGAUGUGAAAGCCUGGAAUCCUAAAGAUAUUAACUUAUUUGAAAUAUUUGAAAUGCAUUACAUGGAGAAGAAUCCAGAAAAUUUGAAAUUAGCAGAGACAAUAAAGAAUGAGGGUAAUCGUUUGAUGAAGGAGGGGAAAUACAAUGAAGCCCUUCUACAAUACAAUCGGGCUAUUACAUAUGAUCCCAAGAACCCGAUAUUCUAUUGCAAUCGAGCGGCGGCUUAUAUACGCUUGGGUGAGAACGAGCGAGCGGUGGUUGAUUGUAAGUUAGCCUUGGUAUACAAUCCCAAUUACGGAAAGGCUUACGGUAGACUUGGGAUAGCCUACUCGAAUUUACUUAAGUACGAAGAAGCCCAACAAUCUUAUUCCAAAGCUAUUGAGCUAGAACCAGACAAUCAAGACUAUCGCAAUAACCUAGAAGUGGCUCGUAAUGCACGUAAUCAUGCUCACGACAAUUUUAUACCACAACUGACGGGUGGUCUAAGUGUUAUGUUUUCUAAUCCAGCUAUACGGCAAUUAUUCAGCAGUGCUGAAAUUGAUUUGGAACAAUUGCAGAGUAUGUCACAAAAUCCUAUGGUUGUGAACGCUAUAAGGCAAGUGUUUGCAAAUAUUGCACCGUACGUUGGUUCAAGUGGAACAGGGGCAACACCUAAUGCGGUGCCACCAAUGCCAAACGAUAUAUUGCAAUUAUUCCAAACAUAUGCUCAACAAUUUGCAGCACCUACAGGCAACUCAGCUAAUCAAGUAAAUGCGGAGAAUAACCCCAACGAUCAGCAACAACAGCCACCACCUCCUCCUCCUGAGAAUUCAUAAGCCGUGCUCGUCGUGCCGAGAAAGAGUUAUGGAAAUGAACUGCAUUUGCUUCUAUGUGUUUAUGUAUGUUAUGCAUUCGCGAGUUUGGUUUAACGUUUUUAAAAUGU